GGCAAGAAGCUUUUCCAAUUUGAUGGCGCUCUUUCGGAGGUUGACCCGGAGAUUCACUCGCUCAUCACUAAGGAGAAGGCCCGCCAGGUUCGCGGCCUGGAGCUUAUCGCUUCAGAGAACUUUACCUCAAAGGCGGUGAUGCAAGCUCUGGGAAGCUGCAUGACCAACAAAUACUCAGAGGGCCGCCCGAACGCCCGCUAUUAUGGCGGCAAUGAGUAUAUCGACCAGGUUGAGUUGCUGUGCGAGAAACGCGCUUUGGAGCUGUUUCAGCUGGACCCCGCGGAGUGGGGGGUCAACGUGCAGCCCCUCUCCGGCUCACCAGCCAACUUUGCCGUAUACACGGGGCUGCUGCAGCCGCACGACCGCAUCAUGGGCCUGGACCUACCGCACGGUGGUCACCUCACCCACGGUUUCAUGACGGCCAAGCGCCGUGUCUCCGCCACGUCGAUCUUCUUCGAGUCGAUGCCGUACCGUCUGAUCGAGGAGACGGGCACCAUCGAUUACGACGCGCUUGAGAAGUCCGCCCAGCUGUUCAGGCCCAAACUCAUCAUUGCAGGGGCAUCGGCUUACUCCCGCAACUACGACUACGCCCGGAUGCGUGCCAUCGCCGACGCCGCGGACGCCUACCUCAUGUCUGACAUGGCGCAUAUCAGCGGGCUGGUGGCGGCGGGUGUGGCCACGUCUCCCUUCCCGUACUCGCACAUCGUGACCACCACCACCCACAAGUCCCUGCGGGGCCCUCGAGGUGGCAUGAUCUUCUAUCGGAAGGACCUCAAGGACAAGAUUGACCAGGCCGUGUUUCCGGGCCUCCAAGGCGGGCCGCACAACCACACCAUCAGCGCCCUGGCGGUGGCUCUCAAGAUGGCCAACACGGCGGAGUUCCGGAUCUACCAGCAGCAGGUGGUGGCCAACUGCCAGGCGCUGUGCAAGAGGCUGCAGGCGCACGGGUAUAAGGUGGUAUCUGACGGGACGGACAACCACCUCGUACUGAUUGACCUCAAGCCGGCUGGCAUUGACGGUGCCCGAGUGCAGACGGUGCUGGAUCAGGUUUCGAUCACGCUCAACAAGAAUUCCGUUCCCGGCGACAAGUCCGCCAUGGUGCCCGGAGGCAUCCGGAUCGGCACUCCCGCCCUCACCACCCGAGGCUUCCAGGAGCGGGACUUCGAGCAGGUGGCGGACUUCAUCCACCGCGCCAUUCAGAUCGCCAAGGACUGCCAGGCUAAGACCCCGGCUCCCGGCAAGCUCAAGGAGUUCAAGGAGUACGUGGAGGGCCCCGGCGCCUCCAGGCCCGACAUCGCGGCGUUGCGAGCGGAGGUGGAGGCCCUCGCGCAGAGCUUCCCCAUGCCCGGCCUCUAGCAAACACACCUUUGAGCCCUAAAUAAUACCUUGUCCUUUUUCCUUGAGUGCAUGAAACCUGACCUUGACCUUGCCAAGGCCAGGCCUGGCAAGGCUGUAAGGUUUUAAGGGAGUAGCAAUGGUAAUAGUGGUAAUGGUAGUUGUAUGGGGGUUGACUUUUUUCCACGGCGGUGAAGAGAUGCUGCACUGAUCUCUACUCUUUUCGCGGCACGCGCGCUUCUGAACCACUACCUCAGAUCGCUAACGUUUUGCGUCGUGGAGCCGCUUCCCCCUAUUAUUAACAAUACUGCUGUUGUCUUUUGUUGUUGUGACUUCGUGGUACCUUAUUUUACGUUAUUAUUCACUUGUAUGUCUGUCCGUAUGUGCGUGUUCACGUGUGCAUGCGUCCAUGUGUAUGUGUUUAUGUAUGUGUGUCUGCAGGUAGACCUGGUGAUGGUCCUGUGAAGAAAGGAAAUGACGUGGGCCCGAGCCCUUUCCGUUGUUUUAGUUGGACAUAUGUGUGUGUGUGUGCAAGUGUGUGUGUAUGUAAGCGCGCGCUGUCUCAGUCCGGCAGGGUAAUAAUAGCUUUAGACUGCAAAGGCCUCCUAACGUUUACAAGGUCUUUUCAAAAUCAUCUGAAUCGAGAUUUUAAGUAUCGUACAGUGGUCAAGGCAGCAUUGCAGCUAUGCCUUGGAAGAGCUGUGUUGUGUCCUGUGUGUUCGCGUUGCGCUUCGUUGCGACGUGCUCCUGCCGGUGGUGUUUUAUUGUCAUGCUUGCUAGCCGAGUGUACGGCAGCUUUGCGUCAGGUAGGGGUGCGCUGCGGCGGGCCCGGCCCUGGGAUAUGAUGGAGGUGGAGGUGUGGUUUCUACAGUAACACAGGUUAACAGUGUGAAGAUCUUUUUUAACAAUGUGAAAUGGCGGGGUCACUUGGGUAGAUAGGUAUGGUGUUGAGGUUUGUUAGCUCUCUCUUUUCCUUUAAGACGGGGUACAGUGCACUACAGUAGCUGCUGGCCCCCGUCGCAGAAAAGGCCUCUGGCAGAGUGUUUUGUACAUGUGUUCAAAUACACGUCAUGUGUGCCGUACUAUGUACCAGCCACAACAGGUGCUUACUGGUUGAUCGGUUGUGGGUGAAUAGGUUCUGGGUGUUGUGAUGAGCUUUUGCCGCUUUCGUGAAAGGCGAAGUACAGCUAUUCGGCUCGGGGAGUUGGCAAUGAUGCUGAUGUAUGGUACACGGUGCGGGAAGGUAGAUAUGUAGGUAGGUAGGACGGUGGAAGUGACUGCGACUGUUGGCGGUGGAGCGCCUGCCGGCAGUGUGUGGGAGGAGAGAAUGGAAGGGACUGGCGCAAGUGAAUAUGUAAAAACGCAGGGGUCG